AAACACUAGCAGCUGAUACUAUUCCCUGGAGUUCGCAUCAGGACCGGAGCUACCAGGCUCUUCCAGUGAUCAGUGGUGCAUACGCUGCCUUUCCUGUCAUCUGAUACUAUCGCUGGAGAUGCGGGAGUACCGACUGUUGCGAGCAAUACGCGAUGUUUCACGCUAACCUCUCCACCGGUAACUUACUCUGUAAGCAGAUACAUAGGUAGGUAGUUGCCACUGCCGAUGCUACCCUAUCAUAUUCGCCGUCUCCCCUAUUUUGCCUGGGCAGUAUGCAAGCAACCCCCUCUAUAUCACCCGACCCAUACCUUGGACCUUACCUGAUAGGCACAGUGGUAACUGCUAUCUUCUUUGGCAUACUCUGCCUGCAAUGUUACCUCUUCUUCAGACAGUCAGGCGAGUUGCAGGAAGGCUGUAUGAAACGAGCUCUGAUAGCAUCUAUAUGGCUCUUGAACGCCUUCAAUCUAUUCUCUUUGAUAUGGCUAUGCUACUCAUCCAUGGUGACAAAUUUCGGUGAUUUACAACAAUUCUUAUAUGGCGCAAUAAACUGGUUCGUCUCUCAUGAGCCGUACCCUCUAAGAAUUCUGGCCCAACAUGGUGCGCUAUACCACAGGAGUAUAGCAGCUGCCCUCCUUUGCACUGCAUGGAGCAAAGUCAUCGCACAAGGCUGGCUUUCAUGGCAUAUCUGGAUGUGCUCUGGAAGAAAUCGUUCCGUCUGUGCUGUUCUAGGCUUCGGUGUCGUUACUACUUGCUGUCUUUCAACCGCCUUAGCUGGGAAGAGUGCCACCAUCAAACACUUUUCUCAGCUCAGUUCCUACAAUUGGCUCAUCUACCUCAAUAUUGCCUGUGAUGCUUGCACAAACCUGGGGAUAACAGCAAUGUUGUCAAUUUAUCUUAGCCGGGCACGGAGAUCGCCCUUGUACAGCUGGGACUACGUAAUCACCGCACCUGUGGUCUUCAUGUCCAAUACCGGAAUAUUGUGCUUGAUAGAGAUACUUCUCACCCUAGUCGUGAGAAUUUGUCGCCCGAAUGACUUUAUCUUUUGGGGAAUUCUCAUCCCGUACAGUACCGUGUACGCAAACGCUCUUCUGGGCUUCUUGAAUACCGGUGUUGGAAGCAAUACCGAGGUCAAGCCGAGGUUCACUCUGUCAAACUCGGACAGCCCUGAAGACACCAGCACCAGGCACGUCACCCACGCCGAUAUGCGGCGCGCGAUGAACCUUGGCGUUAAUUCGCAAGUUGCGACUGAGCUGCCACUUGCGGUACACGUCGAAAGAAUUGUAGAGAAGGAGCUGAAGCACAUGGAGACCUUGUGACGUGCCCAAGAAAGUCAAUUGAUCGACACAUGUUUCCAUGUAAAUCACUACCUAUCCCCCCUCAUAUAGCUGCCCGCAAUUACGCAUUACCUUAACACGAAU